AUGGACAAAUUAUUGAGUGCUUCAGUGGUACCCCUGAAGUUCCGUAAGAAUGCGCUUCUUACCGGACAUAUUCCCUAUAAGUCACUCGCCUCAGACCCACGUGUGUCUUACACUCUCUACGUGCCCGCCGAGGCUUACAAUCAACGCCACCCCGAUGGGGCUGAACCGGGACCCAAUAAGCUUCCUCUAUUAGUAGCUGUUCACGGAACUAGGCGUGACGUUUUUAACGUUUAUGAUCUGGUCCCCUUUGCCGAAUCUACGCCGUGUGCCGUACUCUUACCGUUAUUCCCCACCGGCCUAGACGGACCAAAUGAUAUCGACUCUUACAAGCUAUACCGAUCUAAAACUGUUCGUCCCGACCUUGCUCUGCUGUCAAUGCUAGAUGAGGUGGCAACCAAAUGGCCUGCCAUCGAUACAGAUAAAAUCUUCCUUAUGGGAUUUAGCGGAGGUGGUCAGUUCUCUCACCGGUUUUUGUACCUAUACCCCGAGAAGUUGGCUGCCGUAAGCAUUGGUGCUCCGGGGCGUGCCACGUUCCUGGACGAAGACCAAAACUGGCCAGCAGGUAUUAAGGACGCGGAGAGCGUUUUCGGGAAGGCCGUCAAUAGAGGACUUAUCAAAAAGGUCCCCAUCCAUCUCGUAGUUGGAGACCAGGACGCCGACAUUCACGGCGGUGACGAGUUCUGGGUCUGGGUGAAGAAAUACAUGGGCCAACCAAGUGACGGAGAAAAGGGGCCGCAGAUUAUCGAGCAAGGAAGAUUUAAGACUAUUCACGACCUGCAGGACUCGUGGAAGCGCGAGGGUAUCGAGUCAAAGCUCGACGUCGUCCCAGGAGUGGCUCAUAAUGCUCGUGGUGUCCGCAGCUUCGUAUUGGACUUUAUGCUACCCCAGAUUCAAAGGAAGCUCGGAAACUAA